AGAAAAAUGUGGCACGCGCAUCACGUUCCACUCACAACACUAAGCCAGGAUUAAUCUCUAGCACGCUUCGGACACGCUGAAAUCAUGCUCGUUGUAAACCUACUGGGACACGGCUUAUAAACCGCGCCAUGGGGCGGCGUCGGAACAAGCAGAGUGGUCGUGCUGCGGCUGCGAGCUUAGAGCCCGUCUCAGGCUCUGGUAACCCGAUAUCGCGAGUUCGUGAGCCUUAUGUCAGUGUUCCAUCGAACGUCGCCGAUUGGCGGUUGCUCCAUCUCGCCGCAAGAGACGGCGACCUGGGUCGCGUACAGGACAUUCUCGACCGUAGGAUCGAUGCUGGCGAAAUCAGUAAUCGCGAGGGACGUGUUACAAGAUCCACACUCCUCGCAGCAGGAGCAUCAUGCGUUUUGGCGAGUAAUAGGGUUACAGCAGAACAAUCCGAAUUCGUCAAUUCUCGCGAUCCUUCCGGGAAGUCCGCGCUUCACGAGGCAUGCGCACACGGGCACGCGGAGAUCUCCCGCCUGCUGCUCUCGCUCGGCGCGCUGCCCGCUGCGCGGAAAGCCAACGGCUUCACUCCGCUCCUCUGCGCAGCCGCAGGGGGGCACGCGGAGUGCGCGCAGCUGCUUCUGGCGCACAUACAGGCGGGGGAACGCCGGGGGCCAAGCGGGGGGGAAGGCACGGGGGGAAGCUGGGGGAGCGGGCGCAUGAGCGGGUGGCGGGCAGCGGAUAGGUGCGGGGAGAAUGCUCUUCACCUGGCAGCGCGCGCCGGGGCAGAGGAGGUAGUAGCGAUGCUUGUAGAUGCGGGGGAGAGAGAGGAACGGGAGGCAGGCGACCAGGAGCAGAGGAUUAUUGACACUGAGCCACGUCAGCAGCAGAUGGAUCUUAGACAGGUGGAAGGUGGUUCAUUAAUGGAAGGUGCUGAGCAAAGUGGGGAGAGAUUGGAGGAUAGAGAGAUGCAGGAGGGUAGAGGGGGUAUUGUUUCUCCUACACGCCCCGCCACACGUGGCAUGGACGUUGAAUGCCGGUUUGUGAAUGCGCGCACGCGCAACGGCCGCACGCCUCUGCAUUCCUCCUGCCUGCAUGGCCACGUGGCAGUCUGUGAUUUUCUGCUGAAGCAUGGAGCCAAUCGCACGGCACGGGACUCUUCUGGGUCGGAGCCUAUCCAUGAAGCAGCCGCUGGGGGCCACGUGGCAGUCAUUGAUUUGCUCACAGGUGUUGUGGAUCAAGCCCAUCGAGUUGAUGUGAAAUCGAGGGAUGCAUCUGGAGCCACGCCUAUGCACCGAGCUGCUGCUGCUGGUCACGUGGACGCCAUGCGUGCGCUGAGUCAGCACGGCGCUGAGCUAGAGACUGUGGAUAACGCAGGCACCACGCCGUUGUACUGGGCGGCGAGUAGGGGCCACGUGGCAGCUGUUGAGUGGCUGCUGGAGCAACAAGAGCAGGAAGACCAGAAGCAGGUACAGAAAGGACGAGCAGGAGGAGGAGGUGGUGGAGGAAGGUACGGCAAGGAGAGAAGCAGUAGCAGUGAGGAGAGAAGCAGCAGCAGCGAGGAGAGAAGCAGCAGCAGCGAGGAGAGAAGCAGCAGCAGCAAGGAGAGAAGCAGCAGGGAAGGUGGGGGCAGGAGCAGGCGCAGUGCGUUGCAUGUAGCAGCAGGGUGGGGGCAUGUAGGAGUGUGCUCUGUCCUCCUGGCCUGGGGGAGAUUUGAUCCCCUGGGACGGGAUGCAGAUGGGUCAACGCCUCUUGAUCUGGCCAAACGGUUGUCUGAUCGGGCCAAAGGAGAGGAGCUGGUCAAGAUGAUGGUCACCCAUAUGGCUGAUGCUUGUAAAUAAGUUUCUGUGCAUGCUGUUUUUGGUAAGCUGAUCUGAAUCUGCUGAGUCAAAGCCCAUACCUGCAGCCGUGCAUGCGUGCUUUAUCAUGUCGUGGCACUGGGAUAGCCCUAUCGAACCUCUUCUCUCUCUAGGGAGGGUACCGUAAUCCCCCGGGUAUAACUCUCAGUCAGAGUAGCGGAGUGGAGUAAACUAGACAAGACGGUGCAGGAUAGUUUUGUGCUAGGUGUUGUACUCCCUAUGGGCAUGCACCUAAAAACAUAAACAAAUAUAUGUUGACACACCCC